AUGGCAGAAGAGUCGGUAGAAUCAGAGGCCGAGGAGGUGAUGAGUGAAGUACACUUAGGCUGCCCACCUGGUUUCUCUGUCCCCCAUCUUUCCCACUUCACCUUCUCCAUCCCGCCUGGAUUGAUUGAGCCCAGAAGCUCCAAUGAAGAUUCCCAAGUUAUAGAAGCAACCACUUGCUCCCAGCAGACCAUAAGUUUUGACAAGGAUGGCGAUCUCAUUCUUCCUAGACGAAAAACCAAAUUGUCUAAUUAUAGCUAUAGCUUGACCAUCCAGCAUAGUAUCACAUCAACACUACCAAGUGUUGGUUUGCAGGUGUGGAGAGCAGAACUUGUCUUGUCUGAUUUUAUAUUGCAUAAGAUGUUCACAUCAUCCGAGCUUGAUGGAGUUGUAUCACUAGAACUUGGUGCUGGUACAGGGUUGGUGGGUAUACUACUAGCGCGUGUUGCUAAAACAGUAUUUAUAACAGACCAUGGGAAUGAGAUCCUUGACAACUCUUCUAAAAAUAUUGAGCUUAAUUCUGAACUCAUUGCUCGUGGAACUAAAGUCUAUGUGCGUGAACUUGAUUGGAUGGAUCCGUGGCCCCCAAGAUUAAGCAUAGAAGAAUCCUCCGGUAAAACUAAAAGGUAUUCUUGGACCUUAUCAGAAAUUGAAAUAGCCCAUGAAGCUUCUUUACUUGUAGCUGCGGAUGUAAUCUACAGUGAGGACUUAACAGAUGCAUUUUUCAGCACUUUAGAGAGAUUAAUGUCUCUCGGUUCCGAAAAGGUGUUAUUCUUAGCUUUGGAAAAACGCUACAACUUUAGUCUUCAUGAUCUUGAUGUUGUUGCAAAUGGUUAUUUACAUUUCCGAAGUUAUUUGCGGUCGGAAGAAGAUUGUAAAGGCCAUAAAUGUGGUACAGAGCCUUGUUUUGUGGGCAAACGCAUAGAUAUUACAGAGAUUCCACAAUAUGUGAAAGAGUACGAAAGAGGAAGUGAUGUCGAGAUUUGGGAAAUUAAGAGCAACUACAAUGGAGUAGCCAAAUAGCUUGUGUCAAAUUGGAAUUUGACAU